UUACCUCUGCUUACUGGACGACUGUUAAACCCUUCACCUUCUGUUGUCUCCCCAUUGGUUUCGUUACCUGAAUCAUCAUAUACAGCCUCUCCUUAGUUUCCCAGUUUCUAUCUCUUCUCGUUCUUGACAUGGCAACUCAGCUCGUCCCCGCCGCCACUGGUCUCGAUGACCACAGCAUGCACGAAAUUGGAUCUGGCAAGGGGACUACCUGGAUCAAGACACGAGAGUUGGAGACACGUCCGACCUGGCGAGAGCUUGUCAAUUACGGCAAGGGGUGCUGCAAAUGGCUUAUGUCAGACACCCAGAGGCAUGCGAACUGCUUCACCAACAACAUGAAUCGUUGUUUAGUUGCGACACUCUGCUACCACCACUGGGAUGUCAACACCAACGAAGAAUACUGGGAGAUUUUCCACAGCACCAUCCCUCGAGUGAACUGGUUCGAGCACCUUUGGGAUCACGGAAACAAAAAAGCGCCCAUAUGGCAUUCGGCGAUGAAGCAAUGCAGGGGACAGCAGCGCCAGGUCCAUGCCGAGGACGGCGUUCUGUUCGGGUUCGAAAGCAUAAACGUCAGGUUCCUUGAGAGCAAUGCCAGCGAUCUCGACGCCGAAGAUAAUUCGUACGAGCUAGUGCAAAACAUACAGCAGCAGCAGGAGUACCAACGGCAACAGAAGUCUCGACCGAGCACGGCGUCAACUACUUAUGGUAGUGACGUGGUCAGCAGAGAAGAAUUCCUCCGUAUCGAAGCCAAGAUGACAGCCGAGGCGGCCAAGGGCAAGCCUCCGGCUCAAGAUCAGCCGUCUCGGGACGGAAACCCCUCAGCGAACCCGAUCGACCGUCUCACUCGAGGCAUGUCGGGACUCUCCGUUGGCCGCCGCGGCCCGGCUCCGCCCCCUGGAUAUCCCGGCGCCCGGCAGUUCUCCGGCCAGGCCGCGACUGGCAACUCGGCUCGGAACCCGACAAUCGUGGGCCGACCAUCUCCAGCUCCACCCGCAACCAUGGGUCGGAACCCCGCCGCCAAGCCACUGGCCGGGAAGCCUGCUGGCCCUGGCCCGAACGGAGGUGCUCGGCCGUCUGGAGGUACUCGGCCGUCUGGAGGUGCUCGGCCGUCUGGAGGUGCUCGGCCGUCUGGAGGUGCUCGGCCGUCUGGCGGCCCUGGCCCGAACGGAGGUCCUCGGCCGUCUGGCGGCCCAGGUGCAAACUACCGCAAGUGAGGAGGGCACUGAGAGCUGGGGUUUCGAGGAUGGUUGACAUUUCCGAGGUCAAGAGGUGACUUCUCUAGUUGGCUGGCCCAACUCCGAGCCCAGGACCUACCCCUUGAUUUCCAUAGCUGCCUACCCAUGUAUAACUACUUAGUAUUAGACACACUGGCGAGCCCCUAUCUUUCCGCUAGUCAUAGUUCAAUCAAUCUAUUACUAGGACUGUCGUGUGCC